AUGAUUGACAUGAAAUACAUACUCAAGACAUCCAUGAAAUGGGUUUCACUAUUCACUACCUUCGAGACCACGGGUUUUGUUUUGGGAACAUUUGUUGCUGCGGCAGUCAUACCCCUGUCCACAUACCUAUGGGUGCUAUUUAUCUGUGCGUUUGUCAUAGGGUUUAGUUCCAGUGUAUUCGUAUCAUGUAUUUACGUGUGGGGUAUAGAGCUCUGGAGGGACAGUAAGGUUCCCAUUGUACAGAUCCUGGAGCUCAUGUUUGGUAUCGGAUCCGUAUUAUCAACCGUCGCUCUCAAGCCUUUUAUUAUCGGUGAGACACAUAACCAGACCAUUGUGUCCACCGAUGAACUCAUUAUCGAUGUCAAUGAUGUCAUUGAUAGACGCAACCGAUUAAUGUUCCCCACACUACUAAUUGGAGCAAGCAUCAUUACACGGAACUCCGAUAACUCUGACAUCCAGACCACUCAUGAGGACAGCACCUCUACCGUCAAGCUGUUUGACAGAUCGGGAACUCCUAAAAAGACAAUCCGUCUAUUGUUUGCCCUAUUUUUCUCACUAUAUCUGGUCUACGAGAAUGUGUACAUGAAGUUCGCGGUCCCGUACUUCCAGUACUCACCGCUCAGGCUAUCGGCCGAUAAGGCGGCCGAAGUAUACUCCGUGUCCGCCACUGUAUACUCGGUGGGACUGGUGCUCAACAUAUUCUACCCAUACAAGUUUCAAAUGAGAACUAUAAUAGCCGCCCAUUAUAUACUGGCAAUAAUUGGCACUCUAUUGUUAAUCCCUGGCCAGUGGUCAAUGGGGUGUCUAUGGGCGGCUAGUAUUGUGAUGAACCUGGGCUUUUCAGCCAUGUAUGCGGGCAUUGUAACCAUGGCUGAGCAGUACUUUGAUAUGACUAGUAAAUUGAGCGCG